CCUAUCCAUUACUGUCACCUCCCGUACAUUCCUUUUCCCUCGCACUGGCCUCUUUUUAUGGCCAAGGACAAGUUGGCCGACUGGCUGGAGUCGUACUCGACCCUGAUGGAGCUCAACGUAUGGUGCGGCGCGGAACUCCGCGACUCGUCCUUCGACGAGAGGCACCGUACGUGGACUGUCACAGUAAAGCGCGCCGAUGGAGUGACACGACAUUUCAAGGUUAAGCACGUGAUUCUCGCGACUGGCAACACUGGCGAUGCCAUUAUACCUCAGUUCCCGGGCCAGACUGGCUACAGAGGUGUCGUGUACCACGCCAGCCAGCACACUGACGCGUCCAUCCACGGAGACCUUUCGCACAAGAACAUCGUCGUGGUCGGUUCUGGCAAUUCAGCCCAUGACCUGUGUCAGAACUUCCACGAGUGCGGUGCUGGCUCGGUGACGAUGCUGCAACGCGGUGGGACGUACGUUCUCACGGCGAGCGGGGGGAUGCCCAUGCUGCACACCGGCUCAUAUGAAGAGGGCGGGCCACCAACAGAGGAUUGCGAUCUAGUCGGCCAGAGCAUGCCCAAUGCAGUGCAGUUCGCACUCAACGUGCACGGGACCAAGGCCAUCAGCGCCGUUGACGAGGAGACACUGACGGGCCUGGCCAGGGCCGGUUUCCAGCUUGACUACGGCGAGGACAGAAGCGGUAUAUACCGCAAAUACAUCACGCGCGGAGGUGGAUACUACAUAGACGUGGGAUGCAGCCAGCUGAUCAUCGAUGGUAAGGUCAAGGUCAAGGUCAGUCGACAAGGAGUGAGGAGGUUUGUGCCGCACGGCUUGGUCCUCGCUGAAGGGACAGAGCUUGCCGCUGAUAUCGUCGUUCUUGCGACCGGCUAUGAGACGAUGCACAGCACAGCGCGGAAGAUCUUUGGGAGUAAAGUGUCAAGUCGACUCGGGAAGGUCUGGGAUCUCGACGCGGAGGGGGAGGUAAACUCGAUGUGGCGGUACAGUGGUCAUCCGAACUUUUGGUUCAUGGGCGGUAAUCUUGCGCAGUGUCGCUCGUAUUCCAAGCUCCUGGCCUUGGCGAUCAAGGCAAGCGAGUUGGGCAUCUACGAGAGACCUGAGAGGCUCACUGACAUCGCCGUUUUCAACAGUAGUGGAUAUUGACGUCGAAGCCUGACAGAACACAUCUUUUGAAAUUGAUAUGUCCGAG